AAGGGGCCAGCGUGGGCCAGCAUAGCUCCCCCACGUUCCCCAGGAUACUAGGCUGAGGUCUGAGGCCUCCCUGUGGGAUAACCUCCUCACCCACCCCCUAUUCUGGCAGAGUCCUGUAAGUUGUUAGGGGGCUGAAUCCACUUCCUCCCUCUUGCUCACUCCAGAGCAUGUGCCGAAUCAGCUCCUCCUUCCUAAGGGAUCUGGAAAUAAGCACCUCCCCUUCACACAACCUAGAAACUUGGUCAGGCCUUUCCCAUAGCACCAUGACAAAGUAGCUAUGCUCACCUUCCCAGCCAUGCUUCUUGACAGAUGUCCCCUACCUUUAGCAACCCCCUUUCCUGCAACCCCUCCACUCCCCACAGCCACACUUUGGUACCCUUGCUAAGAUCCCUCCUUGUGACUAUCUCCUGUGGGCUCUUUCCCACCCUUCACUUGCUAAUAGCUCCCACCUAGACCUUCUCACCCUGGGCUUCCAAGACCUCUUGCUCUCCUCCCCAGUCCCCACUGGGGGCUCCUUUAACCCCUGCAGGAUGGAGUUCUCAGAGCUGUCACUGGGCCUCCUCCUCACACAGCACAUUCUCCCUGGGUGGCCUCAUCCUGGGCUUCCAGCUUCAGAGCCAAGACCCUAAAGGAGAAAUGCCUCCUGGACACCUCUCCUUGUGUGGCCCUCACCCACCCCGUCAAGUCCAAAGUCCGCUUCCUUCACCCAGUCCUCCUCUGCCUUCUACUGAGUGCCUCACUGUCCAUCCAGUUACCCAAACCUACACUCCAUUGCCCCCAAUACCCACUCCUGUGUCACUGGUCAAGCCAGAUGGCUCUACCAUGGCCAUCUCUAGACUCUAUGACCCGUUUCCAGGUCAUGCCUUCUGCCACACUUCCAAGUCAUGGCCACCUCCAGCCUUGCCAAAGUUGCCUUGUGUUCUCAUGCCUCCACUCCUUUGUGCCUGCCUGGGAAGCUCUUCCUGGCAGUCUGAACUUGAAGGCCUUCAUCUGUACCUCCCCCUUUUUAGUAGGCUUCUGUGGGGUCAGCUGUUGGAAAGUGCCUCCCUAGGCCUCAGCUUUUGCAUGUCUGCCUUCUUCCUACACUUGGGAGCCCUGGGAGCAUUGUGCUGCCUUGGGUAUCUGUAUCUUCCCGUUUUGUACACAAGAUCCCUCAUUUCUGCUCAUUAACUUAUUGGAUGACAGCAUGAAGCUGGAGUGGGCCAAGUCCAACCUAGAGGCCACAUGGGGGCCUGGAAGCCGGCACACAGAGAUGUCCCGUGACUGCCAGGCCACGUGGGUGGGAUUCCAGCAUGCAAUGUGCCUGUGAGCACAUGGCUGUCACUUCAGAUAAGGCACCUCCAUGUCACCCAUUUAUGACCUCUGUUGGCAACUUCAACAGGUACUCCAGGCCCUGCAUGGGCUGAGGAGCCCUGCCGCUACUCAGAAAUUCUACCUGCCCCCCCCACCUUGGGUUCCUGUCACCUGGAGGCCCAGAUGGGAAGGUUGUCUCCCCCACAGUCAUUGCAGACCCAGCCAACAUUGCCUCAUGCCACUGGUGUGACAGAUAUGCCUAUCUGUCCCUGAAACUAGUGGCUGCCCCUCCUAAAAAAGAGAUGGAUACAUUUCAACUGGACCAAAGCAUGGCAUCUGAAGAGAUAAACUCAAUUAAGCCAUCUAAAGAACCUGGGACGGCACAGGGAUAAGAGGCAUUCUCAGAGGCCUCCCCUCUUCCACCCUACAUUUCCCAUUUGUAGGCCCCCCUCCCCCUUUGUAACUCUGUGGGGGAUGGGUGGUCCUUAUGUACUGUGAGCUGGAUGCCAGCAGGAACCAGGCCCAUCUGGUUCCUCAAGUACCCUAACUCCCAGCACAGAGCCCCUUGUGAAGGAUGCUAGUAGAUUUGUAUGUUUAGAAUGAAACAUCUGGAAGGUGAAAUGAGGAACAAAGAUAGCCCAUGCUACUGAGCACCAGAGUGGACCUGGGCUGGAAUUCAGUGCCUUCAUUUUACAAAUCCAACAGCUGAGGCCCAGGGGGUGGCAACAGUUAAGAACAGCUUUCAGCUGACAGGUGGCUGCGCCCCUCACGGGCCACAUCUCUACUCUCGGCCCUAGGAGGUAAGUGUAUAUGCAAUUAAUACUCCUUGGCCAAGAUGGGUAGUGUUUCAGUGGUUAAAUAACUUGCCCAAGGUUACCUACUCUACCAGGCAGAAUCAGAAUUCCAUGUUUCCCAGGGGGCUGGCCUACCCGGCCCCUAGGAAUCAUGUCUGAAAGGAAGAGAAAGGGACGGGAGUCGGGGGUGUCCAGGUGGCCUAAGGACUAGAAGAUACUUGGAGAAAGUGGUGACUUCCCGUUUCCCAACGGCCGAAGGGCGCAACCUGGGUCCGAGCACUCAGCGCGCCCACCCAAGCCCCGACGACCGGAGGCAGGGGGGAAGCGGGGAUCUCAACCCCCACCGGGAGCCCUUUCUCGCAGCCCAGACGAGCUCACCCUGGGCCGCUCUCCCAGAGAAAUGGCCCGACCGGGGCAGAAGGGGGAGGGAGGGGCUGCCGGCUCGGCGAGGACCACUGACGCACAGCUUCAAACAGCGUGCCACCGCCGGCCUGCUGGGAAACGGCGCCGCGCAGACCAAUCCGGCCGGAGGCAGAGACCGGUUGGCUCCCGAGCGCACCGGGCGGGGCAGGGAGCCCGGGAAGGGAAGGGAGGGGCGGGGCACGGCGCCAGCCGGGAGGCCGAGCCCUCUCUGCCCCACCCCGCAGCAGGCCUGCCGGGGGCGUCGCCCCAGCCCCUCACCCCCACCCCAGACCCCUUGCCUGUUGGGGACCCUCCACGUGACUCGGUGAUGCAGAACGGUUAUGACCUUCAGCGUGUGUCUGUGAGGGUCCCAACAACAGUGCGGGUUUGCGCCCGGCCCUGUCUGUGGGUGCGGGGACUUGUGGGUGUGUGGGCAUGUGCGGGUGUGCUGGGGAGGGUGCCCAGCGACAUGUGACACAGGCUCCCGUCUCUGGGAGAUGGUGAAGGGGCCCGCGAGCUGGCGCUUUGUCUGGCUGUCUGCAGAGUGACGGUUCGCGCGGCGGCGGCGGGCGCCCGUGCGGUGCAGGAUGCCGGGGCGCCAGGGUGGCCGGGGGCGCGCGCGCCUGUGCCAGGGUGAGUGCGCUGCGGCAGCGCCGGGGGACUGCGCGGCGGGCCCGCGCCGGCCCGGGCCUCGGGCGUGACCAGGAGCUACCCGUGGGCGCUGCAGUGGCCGCGUGUCCCCGUGACCUCGGGAGCCAGCCGGCCCGGGUGGAUCCCCGUGCGCCCCUCCCUGUCCGCCCUCCACGUGCGUGUCCGCGGAGCGCGUGCUCGCCGGCGCGCACCCGCCUGCCUGUCGCCGCCACCGCCGCCGCGAGCCGCCGGGAAAAGGUGCCGGGAACCGAGUGAGCCGGGGCCGCGGGCCCGAGCGCCAUGGGCAGGAGGGCGCGCGGCGGGCGGCCGGUCAGCCCCUGGCCUCGCCCCCGCGGGAGAGCGGCCUGGAGUCGGCGGGGGCUGGCCAGGCCCGCGGGGAGGCCGGCCCGCGCCCCCUGAGCUACAGACACCAGGGCACUCACCAUGGCCCCGCCACUCCUGCUGCUGCUGCUGGCCAGUGGAGCGGCCGCCUGCCCCCUGCCCUGUGUCUGCCAGAACCUUUCCGAAUCGCUCAGCACCCUCUGUGCCCACCGAGGCCUGCUGUUUGUGCCACCCAACGUGGACCGGCGCACAGUGGAGUUGCGGCUGGCUGACAACUUCAUCCAGGCCUUGGGGCCACCAGACUUUCGAAACAUGACAGGGUUGGUGGACCUGACGCUGUCCCGAAACGCCAUCACCCGCAUCGGGGCCCGCGCUUUUGGGGACCUGGAAAGCCUGCGCUCCCUGCACCUGGAUGGCAACAGGCUGGUGGAGCUGGGUGCCGGCAGCCUACGGGGCCCUGUCAACCUGCAGCACCUCAUCCUCAGUGGCAACCAGCUGGGCCGCAUCUCACCUGGGGCCUUCGAUGACUUCCUGGACAGCCUAGAGGACCUGGACUUGUCCUACAACAACCUGCGGCAGGUUCCCUGGGCCGGAAUCGGUGCCAUGCCUGCCCUGCACACCCUCAACCUGGACCACAACCUCAUCGAUGCACUGCCCCCGGGUGCCUUUGCACAGCUCGGCCAGCUCUCCCGUCUUGACCUCACCUCCAACCGCCUGGCCACGCUGGCACCCGACCCGCUCUUUUCCCGGGGGCGCGACGCAGAGGCCUCGCCUGCCCCCCUGGUGCUGAGCUUCAGCGGGAACCCCCUGCACUGCAACUGCGAGCUGCUGUGGCUGCGGCGGCUGGCCCGGCCUGACGACCUAGAGACGUGCGCCUCCCCUCCAGGCCUGGCUGGCCGCUACUUCUGGGCAGUGCCCGAGGGCGAGUUCUCCUGUGAGCCUCCCCUCAUUGCCCGCCACACACAGCGCCUCUGGGUGCUGGAGGGCCAGCGGGCCACGCUGCGGUGCCGGGCCCUUGGCGACCCUGCGCCCACCAUGCACUGGGUUGGCCCCGAUGACCGGCUGGUUGGCAACUCCUCUCGAGCCCGGGCUUUCCCCAACGGGACCCUGGAGAUUGGGGUGACAGGCUCUGGGGACGCAGGGGGCUACACGUGCAUUGCCACCAACCCUGCUGGUGAGGCCACAGCCCACGUAGAGCUACGAGUGCUGGCCCUGCCCCAUGGUGGGAAUGGCAGCACUGAGGGGGGCCGCCCUGGGCCCUCGGACAUUGCUGCCUCAGCCCGCACCGCUGCUGAGGGCGAGGGGACACUCGAGUCUGAGCCGGCUGUGCAGGUGACGGAGGUGACUGCCACCUCAGGGCUUGUGAGCUGGGGGCCGGGGCGGCCAGCAGACCCUGUGUGGAUGUUCCAAAUCCAGUAUAACAGCAGCGAGGACGAGACCCUCAUCUACCGGAUCGUCCCAGCCUCCAGCCACCACUUCCUGCUGAAGCACCUAGUCCCUGGUGCCGACUAUGACCUCUGCCUGCUGGCCCUGUCACCUGCCGCUGGACCUUCCGACCUCACAGCCACGAGGCUGCUGGGCUGUGCCCACUUCUCCACGCUACCGGCUGCACCCCUGUGCCACGCCCUGCAGGCCCAUGUGCUGGGCGGGACCCUGACCGUGGCCGUGGGGGGUGUGCUGGUGGCUGCCUUACUGGUCUUCACUGUGGCCUUGCUGGUUCGGGGCCGGGGGGCCGGGAAUGGCCGCCUCCCCCUCAAGCUCAGCCACGUCCAAUCCCAGACCAAUGGAGGCCCCAGCCCCACGCCCAAGGCCCACCCGCCACGGAGCCCACCACCUCGGCCCCAACGCAGCUGCUCCCUGGACCUGGGAGACGCCAGCGGGUGCUACGGUUAUGCCAGGCGCCUUGGAGGGGCCUGGGCCCGGAGGAGCCACUCCGUGCAUGGGGGGCUGCUCGGGGCUGGGUGCCGGGGGGUGGGGGGCAGCAUGGAGCAGCUGGAGGAGAGUGUGGUGUGA